CGUCGUUAAGCGCGCACUCUUAGCCUUGCCGCCACUGCCUGCACUGCAUGAAAGUACAGGACUACGUCACUAAUGCAACCUCUACGGUUCAGGGGAAGCACAGGCAUCUUUCAGCCUCAAUCAAGCAAGCUCCUCACAGCAAGGCAUCAGGGAGCUCGAUCACCUACCUGGUUUAUUAAGCUUCUACAAAGCUACUAUAUUUAAUUUACGCACGACAACGGGGGCAUCAGCUGCAAGAAAAGAGUCGUCCCUUGGCAGUUGACUAAAAUCAUGUCUGCGCCGCCUUCUAUACCAAAUCUAUUCUCGCUCAGGGGAGCGCGGGGUGGUGGCGGAUUUCGACAACGGCGGGGCGGCGGCAGCGGUGUCACACAGUCGGCGGCCGGCCACGAUGCGACCAUUCAGGGUACAGACACUGAUGCCGCGGUCUCUCGGUCAAGCGCCGUUGGUCUUGGCUAUCUUGACGAUCCCUUUGCGCAGUAUUUUGUGCAGAAUGCCGUUGGUCCUUCGAGUCGCAGAUUACCGAUUAUCAACAGAGGCACUUACACACGCACCGCCGGCCUCGACGUUCUCGUCGAUCGUUUUCUCGGUUUAACCGAGGGUGACCAGCAAGGUCAGCAACCUCAACAGAGACAAAUAAUCUCACUCGGCGCAGGAACCGACACCAGGAGCCUGCGCCUUCUCAACCGACACGGUGCUGCUGGCAUCAUCUACCACGAGAUAGAUUUCCCUCUGAUCUGCGCCAAGAAGCUCAACAUCGUCAAGGCCACUCCCGCCCUGAGAAAUCUUCUCACCGACCCCCAGGUCGAGGACAAUGGCUCGUGGCUGUGCAGCACGCCCAAUGACGGCCGCUUCUGGUGCCACGGUCUCGACCUCAGGAAGCUCACACCCUCGCAGCAGCAGCCCGAUGCAUCGGUUGACAUCAAGGGUCUGAGGACAGACAUCCCCACUUUGCUCAUCUCGGAGUGUUGUCUUUGCUAUCUGCAGGUGUCCGAGGCCAAGAGUGUAAUCAAGUGGUUCACCGACCGGAUACCAAGCCUCGGCAUCGUCAUCUACGAGCCGACAAAACCGGACGAUCCGUUUGGCAAGACCAUGAUCUCCAACCUCGCGGCGAGGAGUAUUUCAAUGCCCACCCUGUCAAUCUACAGGCAGCCGGAAGACCAGGACACUCGGCUGCGGGAUGCGGGCUUCGAAAACGCUAGGCACAUGACUGUGAAUGAUAUCUGGUCGCAAUGGGUAGCCCCCCAGGAGAAGGAGAGGGUUGAUCGCCUUGAAGGACUGGAUGAAGUCGAGGAGUGGGACCUACUGGCUGGUCAUUAUGUUGUUGCAUGGGGAUGGAGAGGGCCAGGUUUCGAGCUAUGGGAACAUCUCAGGUAA